AAUGAAAUUUGCAUUAAUAUUGGCGCUAGGAAUUUUAAACGCAAUAAGUGGCUCAAAAAUAAGCAAUAAAAACAUAUUAUUACCUUUGGCUGACAUUGAAGUAGAAUAUGAAAUCACUGCAGAGGGAGGUUGUUUCGAUUGGAGUGCUUCAAAUAAUGCUAUAAUAGUCACAGGACAAGAUUCUUAAGGAUGCUUGAAGUCUAUUGGGAAAGUCAAAGUUAUUACUAAGACGCCAAGUUAAACAUUUAUAUAUGUAAAAUCGAAGUCUUCAGAUACAACUUAAUUUAUAGUAGAAGUGGUUGUAUAAGAAAUAAGCAGAAUAAGUAUAAUAACAAAAUAAAAAUAAUUGGAUUUGGAUACUUAAGAAGAAUUACAUGUUUAGGCAUACGAUGAUAAGGAUAACACAUUCACAACAUUAGAAGGACUUAAAUUCAAUUGGAUAGUAGGCUAAUUGGAAAUGGUUAAGUUUUCUGAAUCAGGUUUAAAAGUAUCAGAAAAAAGAGCAAGAUUAGAAUUUAAUAGCGAUAUCAUUGUAGUAAAAGGAAAGAAGGAAGGCAAAGAAAAAGUGUUUGCUAGUAUUAUAGAAAAGAAAUAUUAAGUUAAUUUAAUAGAAACAAAUGUAGAUUUAGUAGUGAUUUAAAAAUUUUAAUUUUUCCCAGAUUAUCCAGUGUAUUAUUUACCUACAUUUUCUAUGAUUUAAUUCCAUCUUCUAAGAGCAGAUGGAAAAACAUUAAUAUAAUUACCAAGUAAAGCUCAUUAAUGGAGUACAACAUCUACAAUAUCAACUAUUGAUCAAAAUGGUGUUUUGAAAACAUAGACUAUAGAAAAGAAUUUGAAUCUUAAAGUAUUAAAUUCAAAUUACAAUUACAUCUAAGCAAUAUAUCAUGUUGUGAAUCCUAAAUUUAUUGAUAUUGAUAUUUGGGAAGAUGGCAAAGAAAAGAGAGAAGGAAAAGUUACUCAUUUAAUUGUAGGAAGAUUAUAUAGAUUUUAAGCUUAUUUAAAAGAUGAAUUAAAUUAAAGAAUAUAUUCUACUAAUCAGGAAUUCUCAUAUGAUUGUAAAGAUAUAAUAUUGAACGAAUAAACAAUCAUAUCUUAUGUUGAAAAAUAAAAUGUUAAAUUAACAUUCAAAAGAGAAAGUUUAGAAUCUUUUACUAAUAUUCAUUUUGUUCAACCUAUUCAAAUAUAAACAGUUUUUAAGACUUACAUACAUCUUCCAAUUAAUGAAUAAUAUAAUUUAGUUGUAAAUGGAGGAUCUGGACAUUAUAAAUAUUAAUCAAGAUAUUAAUCACCUUUCAUUUUUGAAAUCUUAAGUCCUUAGACUUUAGUAGCUUAAGAUUUAGGAGAGAAUAUUUUAAUAAUUUAUGAUCAAUUUAAUGUAUACAAUAAUUUAGAAAUAACAGUCUAUGUAACAGAUGUAAGUUAGAUUUUACCAUUUGAAAGAAGAAAAGAAUUUAUAGUAAAAGAAGCUGAUGAUACUUUCUAUUAAGCUAUUGGAGAUCCUAAAAUAGGAAAUUAUACAUAAUGUAGAUCAGUUAAAUUUACUCUUGAUAAUUUUGAUAUAUUCACAACUCAAUAAAUAAAAGGAGAUCUAUCUAAUUAUUUGGUCUGUAAUGGUUUGAAUUUAUUAUCAUCAACACCAGGAUAAUACAAUCUUUAAAUCAAUACUCAAAAGAUAUCAGUUACACAGUAAGUUAGAGUCUAUGAUUAUUUACAUUUCGAAAAAUCAGAAUAUUAUGUAACUCCUCAUUCUACUAUUACAACUAAGGUUUUUGGAGGACCUACUACUUGGGAUUAAACUCCAUACAAUGAGAAAUUAUCAGAAGGAAUUACUAAAAUUGAUAUGGAAAAAUAUCAUUUCAACUGUUUCUAAGAAAAGGCUUAAUUCAUUAUCACUAGAAUUAAUAAAUAAUCAGAUUUAUUGCCUAAUCCCAAACUUGUUAGUAACACUCUACCUGUAAUUUGUUAAUUACCUAGUGCUUUCAAAAUCUUUAAUGAAAAAAAUCAAGAAGUUAGUUGGUUAUUCAAAGAAGAAACUAUAUAAAUUAAUAUAGUUGCUGUAUAUAAUAAAUAUUUAUAUUACAACUCUAGUAGUCUAUAAUUAAAUUACUUUACACGUGGACUAAAAUAUUAGAAUAGAUAUUUAUCAUAUGAUAUUUAAUCAGGAAUAUCUGAUUGUAAAUUUAUUGUUGCUUCUGAAAAUUAUACUGAUCAUAAAGAUGUUUUCCCAAUUAUUUAAAGUGAAUUAGAUUUAAUUGUACAUCACACUUUAAAAUUGAUUCCAAGUGGUGAGCAAUAUGUUCUUAUUGAUUAAAUUGUCUUUUUCAGAAUAGAAUCCUCAACCAACAAUAUUCAAUGUUAGUAUGAUAAUAAUAUAAUUGGAUGUCAAAAAGAUUCAGUUACCAUUACACCUAAAAAAUUAGGUCAAUUCUAAUUAGUAGUUUAUGAUUUAUCACUUAAUUACAGUGUUUCAGCAACACUUAAUGUUAUUAAUCCAUCUUAAUUAAAUUUAGAAUUAAGUUAAUAAAUAACUGUAGUUGGAAAUUCCAUUAAUGCAACUUCAUUCUUCAAUAAUCACAACAAGUUAGUUUAUGUAACUAAUUGGACCCCUCUACAUUUGAUUGAUAAUUUUGGAUUUAAUAAUAUCAAUCAAGCCAAUAAUUAGUUUAUUAUCACUCCAAAUAGAGAAGGUCUAUUUAAAUUAUAAACAUAAUAUGAUUCUAUCAAUUCUAAUCAAGUGGAUUUGAAGGUUUAUCCUAAAUUACAGGCUGAAACUGUUUAUAUGCCAACUGAAUGUGAAACCCAUGUUAUAUUCAUCCAUUACCCUUAGUUCACUUAUUCUGUCAGUUCAAGUUAAAAUUUAGAAGCUUCUGUUAGCCAAAAUAUUGUUACUAUUAAAUCUAAAGCAGAAAAUGGAUAUUACAUUGUUACUGUUUUUUUGAGAUCAAAUAAUCUACUUAUAGACACUGUCAAUAUACCAGUUGUUGUUAAUAAUCCAAAUUAGGUCAUCUUAUAUUAUGGUAGAAAAGUUGAAUUAGGAUCUUCAGUGAGAAUUGUGGCUAACUUCCUUAUUCAAGAUCAUUAAAUGAAUCUUUGUUUAUGUCCAACUCAUUAGAUCUCUUGGUAUUUAGAUGAAAAAUAAGUUUAGACUGCUCCAAAUUCAAUGGGACUUUCAGUUUCAACAGUUGUUAUAGGAAAAAUUAAUAUAAGAAUAAAAGCUUAUGAUUUAGAAGCCUAAACUUUACUUGAGGUUGAAAGAUUGAAUUCUUAUACUAGAAACUUAUUUAUAAAUACUAAAGCUUUGUAUCAUGUGCCUCUUUUGAUUCCUACCAAUAGUAAAUUAGCCUUGGGAUAAGACAUAAAACAAAUUGAAUAAUUAAAAUUAAAUCUUCCAAAUAUUAUUGAAAGUGAUAGCAUUACAUUAGAGCCUUAAUUAUUAUUAGCCACAACUCCAAUGUUGAUUCAAGUUGAAGAAAUUUAUCAAAUGUAUCCAAUGUCAGAAUUUGUAAGUUUGAGAGUUGAUGAAAAGAUUGAAAUAGAAAUUGCAUAUUUGAAUUAAGAAGGAUAUUAAUUUGAAGAUAUUGAAGAUAAUAAAUUUGAAGUAUUGGGGUAUACUAGACACAUUAUCUAAAUUAAGGUUAAUAAAAAUGGUAUUGAAAUAUAAGGUUUUCAAGAGGGAUUUGCAUUAAUUAAAUUAAGUUGUGGAAAUUAAAAAAUUGAUUAUAUCUUUGUAAAAGUAGGGGUAACUUUAUAGUAAAUAAAAGCAUAUCUUGGAUCGACAGUUACUUAUAAUAUUGAUAAUUCUGAUAAUCCUAUUUGGAAUUCAAAUUGUGGAAGUUUUAAGGCUAAUCUAUUAACAAUAGAAGAAGAAUCAAAUGAAUGUUUUGUUGAAGUUAAGGAUUAACUUAAUAAAUUCAAAAUAGAUCUAUAAGUUAUUAGACCUUCUCAUAUUAUUAUUGAUGCAGACAAAGAACAUAAUAGUUUGAAUAUCAAAUUGAAUGUCAAUCCUAAAAUACCUUCAUCGAAUUAAGUCAAUCCAAAUUUCAAUAUAACAGUAGAAAUUGAUUAAAAAUAAUGGUUUGAAUUAUAAUCAACUGACAAUCCCUAUGAAUACUAUAUCAAACCUAUAAUUGCUUAAGAUAAUACUCCUAUGCCAAAGAAGGUCAAAGUUAAUGCAUUCAUUAAAAAUAAAUAUAUUAAUUUAGAUGGAAGCAAAGAAAUUACUUAUGAAAGAGAAUUCUAUCUUCCUAUGAAGGAAAUAUUUAUUUCAAAUGGUUAACCUAUUCAAACUCUAAGAAUUCCAUACUAUAGAAAUGUUGAAAAAAUUCAUUAAGAUAAUCAUCUAUAAGGAUUGAUAACAACAUAAUUUUCUCAGGGUCAAGUUGAGAUUGUAUUUGAUUUCAGUUAAUGUCAUGAACCUACAGAAGGAGAAGUACAAUUUGAAAAUAAUUAAAAAAUAAGAGUUAAAUUUAUGUAAGACUCUAAUUAUGAAUUAAUAAUAUUUUUAGCUGCAUUAGGUAUUUAUUUUAUUUUUCCUUUUUAGUCUUCUUUGUCUUAGUAGUAAUGAAUUAUUUUAGAUGAAACAUCUGAC